UGGGAUGCAUCAUGCGAUUUUGAACUGCAACUUUGAGUGCAAAUAAGAGAUUCAGAAGCAGAUUUCUCACCUCAGAACAAAUAUACGCAAUGGCGAUUAAACCAAUUACUGGAGUAAGUAUUUUCUCCCGACGGGAAGAAGUGGGAAGCUGAGGUUGGAGGGAGAAGUUGGAGAAGUUGAAAUUGAAUCGAAUUAGAUGAGAUGGGAUAAGAUUGGAAAUUAAGCUGACUUUAUGCUGUAGAUGCUCCGAAGAGGGCUUGUCCUUGACCUUAGCGUAGCUUUCGGUACGUGGUGAAGAAAUGCCUGGGGGGAAGUGCUGAAGGGGAAGGGUGAAUGGAGAGAGAAGCAGAAAGAUGGGGUAGAAAUGAAGUAAAGCAGGCAACUAACAUAAUCCACCAGGUAUCGGAACGACUUUCGGAUACGCUUUCUGGUAAGGCUUCAUUUCUUCUCGGCAGGACUGAAGGUACACAGUAUUAACAAAAACAAUAGGUACGGAUACCACGUUCCAGCUGUUCGCAAGCGCGAUGCGUUCUACUCAAAGUUGGAGGAUCAGAGAGCUGCCAAUGCUGCUGCGUAGAGAAAUGGGGUUUGAUAAAUGGAUGGUAUAGAUUGGACGAGUUGUUUUGUUCUGGUGGAUGCUUGAUUGGGGGAGAAAAGGGAAAGGCAUGUGAAGGAGGGCCAUUGCAUGCUGCGCGGUUGAAGUGGGUUGGCAAGCUGUACAUUACCAAUAUUGAUGUGCUUUGGCAAUGCGUGCAUUUGUCCUCUGGAAAGCUGUACACAGUGCUUUUGAGGAUUUGUCUGUGCAAAUGAAUGAGGGGUGACUUUGGGGACUUUAUGAACGACAUAAGGGAAUUACCCCUAUUCUAUGAAAGAAUUCCCUGUACCAACGGGGGUUGUCAAACAUUUUAAAGGAGGGCAUAUUGUAUUAGCUUGACCAGCCUGUUUAUAGUCGCAUUGAGCUGACUGGCAGGGGAACAUUGAGAUCAGAAAGCUUCAUAUGAUGUAUGUUCUGAAAACAGAAUGCUUUACAGUAAAGUUUCAUUUCUCAGAUCAACUUCAUAUGAGCGCUGAUUUAUAUUCCGAGCCAUUCUAUUCUAUGCCAUUCUAGACGCAUAACUUAAAUCACAUAGCAAGCUCGC